CUCAGCCUGGCCUCCCCACCUCUCUGGUGUCCCCGGCCCCCCCCGCCUCACGCCCGCCUCUCCCCUCUGCAGGGCAUCCUGGACACGGCUCAGACCAUCUGCGACGUGGCCUCCCGCGGGCACGAGCAGAAGGGGCUGACGGGGGCCGUCGGGGGGGUGAUCCGCCAGCUGCCCCCCACGGUGGUGAAGCCGCUCAUCCUGGCCACGGAGGCCACGUCCAACCUGCUGGGGGGGAUGCGGAACCAGAUCCUGCCGGACGCCCACAAGGACCACGCGCUCAAGUGGCGCUCGGAGGAGGCCCAGGACUGAGGGCCGGAGGCGGUCAGGCCCCGCUGGGCCUCGGAGGACGCUCGCGCUCCCCGGCUCUCCGGCCGUCGGGGUCCUCGGCGGCGGGGCUCGUGGCGGGGCGGACGGGGCCCCCCUCGAAACUGAGUCUCCUCGAGGCCCCCCGCCAAUCCCCUCGGGGCCCAGGCCGGGGGGACAGACGGGGUUCGGGGUCCGUCCUGGGUCCGAGGCCCCUCCCCCCACUGCUGCUGCUGCUGCCGCCUGGCCUGGGACUGCGGGGCGCUGCUCCUCCGGCCAAGCGUCUCUCUGUUACAAGGGGGGGCCGGGGACACCCGUGCGAUUCCGUGUAUCCCUUCGGAGCCCCCCGGGCUGGGGGCCGCGGCUUCUGCAUGAUGUGGAAUAAAUUGUGCCCGUAGCCGCCA